UUGAGUGCAUCUAAAAAAAACGUAGAUGAUGGUGGGAAGCUAAUAAGAUAUGGAAUCGAACAUUAAAAACAGAAAAGAGAAGAAUUCAGGUCUUAAUGCACAAUAUAGAAAUGAAGUACGAUUUGUCACGCAGUUUGCGUUAUACUAAAUGCAGAACUGAGUGGAGACUGGGUUUGAAAGUUAAAGAUGGUGCCGAACAGAUUUAACCUCUAUGCCUUGGCAAGGCUGUUAAUGGUACUUUUGUAUUCCGGUAGACAAAUUUCUGCUGAUGAUAGUCAACAAUCUCAGCAUUUACCGCGAAAUGUGACUAAUAUUGUUUUGAUUGGCGCCACUGGGGACCUCGCAAAAAGAUAUUUAUGGCAAGGUUUUUUCUCGCUCUUCAUAAAAGAAUCGAAUGAGAGGAGUACUGUCAGAGUCUACCCUACGGCGCGUGAAAGUGUCGAGUCUGGCCAGAAAAAGAUUGAUGAUAUCUUAAAAGCGUCUUUAAAGUGUCCUGAAAGCAAAACGUUAAACUGGUGCUUAGAGAAGAAGAAAGUUUUUGUGGAUCAAAGUGUAAAGGAAUACCAUCGACUAAAAAAUGACCAAGAUUUCAUAUCUCUGUGUCAGAUUAUGGGCGAUGAUAUAGCGGCAGGCGAAAGAGAGAGGGGCCUCAUUUUCUACCUGUCUGUGCCUCCAUUUGCGUACACACAGAUAGCGAAAAGGAUUGAUUCCUUCUGUCGUCGUGCUGAAGAUAAACAUGGCUGGAUUCGCAUAGUCCUUGAGAAGCCUUUUGGUUCAGACCUGGCCUCUGCGCAGGAGUUAGCUCGAAGCUUGUCGAAUUAUUUCGACGAGAAGGAAAUCUACCGAAUUGAUCACUACCUUGGCAAAAUAGGAGUUGCUCAGAUCUUAGAGUUUCGGUAUAGUAAUCGUAACUUAUACAAAGAUUUGUGGAACAGUGAUCACAUUGAAAGAGUAGAGAUUGUUUUGAAAGAGAAGAAUGACUGUGAAGGGAGAACUAGCUUUUACGACCACUAUGGUGUUAUCCGAGAUGUUAUGCAAAAUCACAUGACAGAGCUUCUUACUCUGGUUGCCAUGGAGUUACCAGACAGUCUGAAUGACAGAAUAAGCAUCAUGCAAAAUAAAGUGAGGCUGCUAAAGGAGAUCAAAGCUAUGGAUAGAUGGAGUGGUGUUAUUGGUCAGUAUAAAGAUUACAACACGCACUAUGGCCAGGAAAAUAAAAAAGAUGACAAUUCAAAUACCCCAACUUUUGCUGCUGUGUCCAUGUUUAUCAACAAUGCUCGCUGGGAUGGUGUGCCUUUUAUUUUGGUUUCUGGAAAGCAGCUUGAUGAGCGCACAGCUUAUGUGCGUAUGGUUUUUAAAGACAAUGUACAUAAAGUUCAAUCUGGAGCAUCAUAUGAUAAUAACUGUGAUAUCAGGCAGUUAGUGUUUAACAUUCAAGGCGAGAAACUCACAAAACCAGGUAUACUUCUUUCAGGUUUUCUUCCAAAGCCAAAGUCUUUUAAUCCAUUAUCAUCAGUAGCAAUUACAAAGGAUCAGCUGUUUGGUUGUUCAGCCAACAGUUUCAAUGCAUUUAUCUUCAACAAAUCAGCUGAUGCUUAUACAACUCUAAUUUCUGCUGUCUAUCAUGAACAGAAAAACUUAUUUGUUGGAAUGGAAGAUCUCAUAUCUUCUUGGAAAGUGUGGUCAUAUUUUCUGGACACUUUGAAAAGAGAAUUACCUCGCCAAUAUGACCAGAAAAGCUUGGAUGUGUUGAAUUUUGUUACUUCAGGAGAAAGACUUGAGUUUUCUUCAAAUAAUGAUGAUGGAAGUUGUGAUGCGAACAGAAUAUGCAAAUCCAAUGAACCAUCUGCUAACUAUUACAAACAAGAAAAAUUUAGGAACAGCGAUCUGGUAACUGGAACAAAAUCCCAAGUAAUAAGAACUCUUGCCAAUAAAAUUAUUGGUCAUGCCCUCAGAGAGGUAUCUGCCAAAGGGGUCUUUCACCUGGCCUUGUCAGGUGGCACCUCUCCUGUAAUGCUCUAUGAGACCCUCGCAUUUAUGGCCAAAGAGUUCCCAUGGCAUCAUUCCCAUGUUUGGCUUGUGGAUGAACGAUGUGUCCCUCUAAAUAAUCAAGAAUCCAAUUUUUAUUUAAUUUAUAAGAAACUUUUGCAACAUGUACCAAUUUCUCCUUUCAACUUUCACCCAAUGCAUGUUAUGUUAAAAGGUGGAUUGUGUGAGCAAAGUGAUGAAGGAGCUGAAAAUUAUGAGGCUGAGCUCAGCAGGUCCCUCAGCAAUAAUCAGUUAGAUUUUGUUGUUCUUGGAUUAGGUUCGGAUGGUCAUACAGCUUCUUUGUUUCCCCAUGAAUCAGCUCUAAAUGAGAAAGAAAAAUAUGUUACUUUAUCUGAGAGUGGUCAAGAUUCUGCAGUGAAAAAGAGAAUGACAAUGACUUUUGGCUUGCUUAACAAGGCUAAAUCUGUGGCAGUUCUUGCUCUGGGUGAUCAGAAAAAGGAUAUAGUGAAAACUAUUUCCAGUGUUAAUGUUGAUAUAUGGAAUUACCCUAUAACUGGCCUUGACCUAGAAAAUGGAGAACUGACUUGGUUCAUUGAUAAUGUUGCUCUUGAUAGUCAUUAACAGGGCUACAGCUGUAAAUCACAGCUUUUAAAUCUUAAAAAAAAUUAUUUAGCAAAAAUUUUGGAACCUGAACAAAUUAAGUUUAUCUACCCCAUCCCCUAACCAUUGACAUUCCCAUUUAGUUUAUUUUGUCCCUUUUGGGUUUUGUCCUAUUGUGUUGGACUAAAAUUUCCAAGCUUCCUUCAUAUUGAAGGUAAUUUUGCUCAUUGCCUCUGAAAAAAGCACAAUUUUAGAAUGAAAGUUUCUUGAUAUGCAAUAUAACCUGCAAAAAUUGAAAUUUAGUGCAUUUCUUGAUGUACCAGUAUCUUAUGACUUUGAAUAGUAUCCUUGUCUGGUUCUUAAUCAUUGGAUCAAAAUUUCUGUUGGGGCAACCACCUACUGGUGUGAUUUAGUCAGCACAAUCUGGGUAGAGCACCAAACUGCCAUCAGGACAUUUGAGUGGCAGUUGACACCUGCUUGUUUUCAUCCCUUCCACCUAUCUAAUGUUUACCUAUCAAUGGUAGUUUCAUGCUCAUCAUCACCAAACAGUAUUGACACAAUGAUUUGAGCACCAAAUCUGAAAGGACUCUUCACAGUUCUUUUUGCUUUUUUUACUCUUAUGUAUUGUGACAAUCAUGUCAGAAAUAAUGGGUUGAGUGGUUGGUGUGAAUGACUUUGUUUUAAACUUCUGGGGAAAAUGAUGUAAAGGUCCUUGGGUAUUGUUGUCCAUUUUAGCUAGGAAGUGCUUCAGCAUGAUGAAUAUGUGUAUUUAAAAAUCUUUGUGUGUGUUUCCCUUUUGAAUAUCAUAUGUUUUCCACUUAAAGAGUCUUAACUGUUCAAUGUAUUUAUUAGAAUUUUUAAUGAGCUUUGCCUCCCUUACAGGCCUCUGUCUAGUAACCCCCUCCUCCCCCUCUUCUUGAAACCUAGGAAAUGAAUCAGUCCCAGGAGGCAUGUUAUUACAAUAUUUAUUAUGAAUAAUUAAAUUAGUAAUUUUUAAAAUAAACUAUUAUAAACACUAUUAUGGUGUUUUCUGUUUUUAUAUACCACUGUAUUUGUUCGAAAUAUUGUUUGUGUAUAUUUAUUAUGGUUACUUUUCUGGGUGCCUGCUGCAUGGGCUUCAUAAAGUUUUCCCAGAUCUUACGUAACAAUCAUGUAGUUAAAUCUCUUUAACAGAAACAGGCAUAGAUACACUGGCUUAUCAGUCUAAGUGUGGUGUGGUAAAGAAAGCUAAUAGUCUUCUCAAUUGGAAAAAAAAGCAAUAAAAAGCUCUUAAAUGAA